AUGAAAUCGAUCAAAUUUUCGCUUUCGGACGAGUUCCAGCUUUUCCGAGUUGUGGUUGUCCGAAUUCUUGAAGGCGGCGGCCAAUUCGCAGAUCUUCUCGAUAUUCUCCUCCAUUUGAUCGGGUGUUUCGGAUUGGAGUUCGUGCACGAUUUCUUCUCUGAAAGCAACAAAAAAAAAGAAAUUUAUUUAAGAUUUUUUGAAAUCUCCGUACUUAUAAGACUCCUUAGCCUCCUCCAACAAGGAUCCGAAGAUCUCGCAUUCGACGUUCUCUUUGAUUUUGAAGUCGGUGUAGCCACGAGAUUUGAGACGAUCGUAGAGCUUUUCGGUGGAGCAACGAAGCACGACGACGACGUCGAACCAUCUGGAAUUGGAAUGAUUUGGAUGAUGGUUGGGGGUGUCUAA